AUGAAGCUAGUGGACACACAGUACCCCCAUGUUCUGUUAGACUCACAGCCCUGCCCCAGAUCUCUCAGUCUGUGUGCCCUGUGCCCAAACACUGUGCUCACUCUUUAUUCUGUGAUCCUGGCAAGAGGCGAGCACACUCCUUCCUCUGGGGUCACCACUUUCCCAGAUCCACAACGGCAUCAUGUCAGCCCCCCUCCCCCCUCCCUCUCCCUGCCUGUCCCCCCCACCCCUUCCUCUCCUUCUGCAUCUAUCCACCUGCUCCCUGGAGGCACACUCUUUGUCCUCCCAGCAAUAAACACUUCAUUGAGCAUGUGGCAACCCGGCAUCUCGCAAUGCCCCUCCCAGCCCUCCCAUUGGCUCCGGACUGUGAGAAACUCCAACAAGCCCAAGACCCACACAUUCAUAUGGAGAUUUAGGAGUAUAAAUAGGUGGGAGAGGCAGAGGGAAGACAGCACAUAUCCAACUGGCUCUUUACCGAGACUUCAGCUCAACAGAACUACUACUGCCACAGCCAUGGCACCAACAAUGAUUAGACAGAUGACCUACUCUAAGCAGCACCUCUCACUUACUAAGGUAAACCAAUGCUUUGAAUACAUAUGUACAGUACAUUUCAAUCUUAUUCUACUGUUGUUGAUACUACAUGGCAGAUCAAGUUGACUAAACUGUUCCUUGUUUUCUCUUUGUGCAGGUAAGGAAGCCAGUGGUGGAGAAGAUGCGCAGGGAUCGCAUCAACACCAGCAUCGAGCAGCUCAAGGCCCUCCUGGGUCCCGAGUUCCUCCUGCAGCAGCCUGACUCCAAGCAGGAGAAGGCCGACAUCUUGGAGAUGACCGUCUAUUUCCUGAGCCAACAGCACCAGGCAGGAAGUUCCUCCACCGCAGCAGCCAAUGAGGGCUACUCUCGCUGUGUGCAGGAGGCUGUCAGCUUCCUGUCUCAGUGUGAGGUGAAGACACAGUCCCACAGCAGGCUGCUGUGCCACUUCCACUUCCACAGCCUGCAGACAUCCAGCCAAAACAGCCAGGCUCCCAGGUCCCUCUCCCCGCUGGGCUCCCCAGUCCACCAGGCCACCACCAAGGGUGUGAUGAGACCCGUCUCCCAUCCACUCUGGAGGCCCUGGUAG